AUGUUCACCCGCGGCGCCCGUCCGGCCCUCACCGUCGCCCGCUCUGCUACCCAGCAGCAGCAGGCCGGCAUGGCCACUCUUAAGGAGAUUGACCAGCGCCUCAAGUCGGUCAGGAACAUCGAGAAGAUCACCAAGUCGAUGAAGGUCGUCGCCUCGACCAAGCUCACCCGUGCCGAGCGCUCCAUGAAGGAGGCCAAGAAGUACGGUGCCGCCAACAACGAGCUCUUCGACCACGCCAAGGCCGACGAGGCGGCCGAGGGUGACAAGCGCAUCCUCUACCUUCCCAUGUCUUCGGACGGUGGUCUCUGCGGCGGUAUUCACUCGACCAUCUCGCGUGCGACCAAGAAGGCCGUCUCGGAGCAGGACGGUGACAUCGCCAUUGUUGGUGACAAGCCCAAGUCCCAGCUUGCGCGUGUCUUCGCCGACAAGAUCAAGAUCUCGUUCUCGGGUGUCGGCAAGGAUGUGCCCACCUUUGCCGAGGCCUCUGCCAUCGCCGACGAGCUCAUCAAGAACACCGGCGAGUGGGACGAGAUCCGCAUCAUCUCGAACGCCUACAUCUCGGCGCUUUCGUACGAGGCCAAGGAGACCAUUGUCGUCGCCGCCGAGGCCCUCCGCCAGUCGACCGGCUUCCAGCAGUACGAGAUGGAGGAGGACGUCUCCAAGGACCUUGCCGAGUUCUCCCUCGCCAACGCCAUCUACGCCAAGCUCGUUGAGGGCCACGCCGCCGAGAUUUCGGCCCGUCGCACUGCCAUGGAGAACGCCUCGAACAACGCCCAGGACAUGAUGUCGUCGCUCCAGCUCCAGUACAACCGUGGUCGCCAGGCCGUCAUUACCACCGAGCUCAUCGACAUUAUCACCGGUGCUUCGGCUCUUUAA